CCGUACGUCAGAUCCGAGGAGGACACGGUUCAGGUCAGAGGAGCACCGAGGAACGGAUACGCGCGCGUUACCGGAAUAAUCCCGCGAGUCAUAGCCUCAGAAGAUCCGGGUCCGCGUCUCCGAGGGUCUGACGUCAUGCUCCGGUAGGAUCUGGAUUAUUGAUGAGGAUGAAGAUGGAGGAUCUGCCGGACUUCAGAGACGUGGAGAACAAACUGGGUCGGAAAGUUCCGGAGAGUUUGAUUCGUUCAUUCGCGGGCGAUCCGUUCAGAGGCUCGGAAACCCGCGAGCGAACCGAUGAUCUACAGACGCUCCACAACAAAAUCAGCUUCCUGCGGCAACAGAUGGCUCAUCUGCGCUCCAUCGACGUCAAACUGAUGCAUCAGCUGCUGUCCAUCAACGAGGGCAUCGAGUCGAUCCGCUGGGUGCUGGAGGAGCGAGGGGGCGGGGCCAGCCACGAGGGCAGCGUGACGGACAGCUUGUGCAGCCUAUCAGACAGCGCGGAGUCUGAGCGCGGCUCCUGCAGCGACGGGCUGGACGGGAUCUCUCUGGGCAGUUAUCUGGACACGCUCGGGGACGAGGAGCUCGACCGCCGGUCGCCCGCUAGCCUCUCGGACGGCUUCAGACCCCCCGCGGAGCAGGAGACGCUCGGCAAGCCUCCGCUGCGGCCUCGCAGGGAAACCGAUGAGUACUACUGCUUCUGACGCCGAUCCACAUGGACUCUCACCCAUCGCUUUGAGAAAUUCUUAUUGUUAAUCGGCUGUGACUGAAUCAGCCCACACUUCUUGUUCUAAAGUUGUUUUUCUGUAAGUUAUAGAUGUUUGGGUUUGACUUUCUAAACGUUUCUUAAAGAGGUCAUCGGAUGCCCAUUUUCCACAAGUUGAUAUGAUUCUUUAGGGUCUUCAUGAAAAGUCUGUAACAUACAUUGGUUCCUCAAUGGAAGUGUAAAACAACUCCCUCUCAGCCGUUUUGGUGCAUGUCCCUUUAAAUGCUAAUGAGCUCUGCUGACCCCACCCCUCUCUUUCUGGAGAAAUGAUUUAACUAGAUUAAAAAAACAACAUAACACUGGGUGUAUCUUUAUCAUUAUAGUGUGGUUGUGUACACACACGGCAAACACACAUUUCAGUUCAAACAGCUUGUGAAAGUGCAUGUCAUGUCCGAUGACCCCUUUAAGAGAAACACCUGACCGGUCCUUGAACCUGAUGGUCACCGAGAGAAUCUGCUCCAGCCUUUGUCUGAGAUGUUUGUUCCAGGCGAGAGAAUCCGGCUCUAGUUGAUGGAUUGGCUGCGUUCACACUCAUUCAGUCCGGUUUGAAUGCAGUUCAGUUCAGUUCAGUUCAGUGUGGAAGAACGUGAGGUCCAGGAGUAUCUCCAGCAACACAUUCUAAUGAAAUAACAGAGUUAUAUCUGCGGGUCUUAAAACAUAUCAACUGACGUUUUCACAAAUUAAGUCAUAAAGGGUCUUAAAUCAGAAAGUAUUACAUUCAUAAAGGCAUGGCAUUAAAUGUUGCAUGCACUAGAAAACAAACAAAACAAAUCUCUUCCUCAUUGUUUUUGUCUUGUUUCCAGUACAAAUAUCUAAACGUCUAAAUCAAGAUACAUGAGAUACAAAAUGCUCGUAUGAGAUCUUGUUUUCUGAGAAACUGAGGCUACGUCUUCAUUCAUUCCGGAUACGGUGAUUUCAUUUUAAAACACUAGUGUUUCCAAGCGUUUUCCUAAAGUUUCUCAUCCACAUAGAAACAUCAGAAAACGUUAAAAUCAGUUUCCUGCGUAAACAACAAAAACACUGAGCAAGGGCUUGUUUUGUUUUUCUUUAUAAAAGUAAAAGAGCAGAGCUAUUCAAGCCUUAAGCUUCAUUAUUUAUUUAUUUUGUAAAAUGAUUUAAAAAAGAAUUGGAUUUUCAAACUUUGAAGCAUUUCAGAAGUCUUAAGUAAAACCUUUAAAACCUUUAGUGCUCCUGUAGCUCAAGUGGUAGAGCAUUGUGUUACCAAGCGCAAGGUUGUGGGUUCGAUUCCCCGGGAACACAUGAUAGCCUGAAUGCACUGUAAGUCGCUUUGGAUAAAAGCGUCUGCUAAAUGCAUAAAUUUAAUUUUUAAUUUAAAUUUUAAAAGUCUUAAGCUGUGGUUCACAGCUGCAGGAAACAAGGGACUUGACCCCUGACCGCUGUGUUAUUAUUGAGCUGAUGUGAUUCACAGUCGCUGUGUGUCCAGAGCUUCUGCGUUGAAGUGCAGUUCCUGCUCAUGCCAAAGCUAGCGAGCGACUCUUGAACUGUUGCGGGACUCGUUCAGGUGUGACUCUUCGCUGCAGGAACCAGGUCUGUGGCGUGUUCACACACGGGGAGAUCUGUAAUGUCACAGCAGCGUGUUGUUAUUGUGUGUCGCUGCUGAAGCCCACUGUUUGAAAUCUAGUUUGUGCUGCUAUUCCAUUCGUUUCUUGUGUGUGUGCUUGAUUGAUCGAAUACUCCUAAUUUAUGAUGUUCAUUUUCAACUUUGUUUUUGGGGAAAUUACUUUGUUUUGUCUGUCUGUGUUUUUUUGAAGCACGUAAAGUCUUUUAAUGAAAUGUUUUAAUGUACAGUUAAACUGCAUAAUUAAAGUUGGAAAUGAGCUUCGCUUUUACGCUUCGUGACGCUGAACAAUAAAUGAAUGAUGACUGGGGUCACAGAAACAGGAUCAAGGUGCCAGAAAUCUAACUGGAAGUGUGGUGAUGGCAGUCUUGAUCAGAUAAACGAACAGCGCUCGGUUCAUCCGUGACUCACUGCACAAGAGUCGAGUUCAUCACAGUCUGCAUGAGUCCAUCUAGCCCACGCUAACAGAGAUACAGAUACAGACAGAUUACACGGCUCAUAACCUGACCAGAACCCUGAAGAAGCUUGAAGGUGUCCAGUGUGGAGCAGUCUGAAGGUGAAGAUUUAAAUGUUGUGCAGUCUGUUACAAAAACACAUAGCAUGCUAAUUACAUUUACAGUUUUUUUGUUUGUUUGUUUUUGUUUCAACUGCUUACACACUUUCGAAACUUUGACACUUUUUUAUCUUCAAAACUUUACACACAGACAUCCAAGAAUUGCACACAACAUUCCUCACAUCUUCAGCAAAAUGAAGCACUGCAUUCAGCAUAUCACAAACACAUCUCAAAAGGAAACAUUUGGAAACACCUUUGCCAAAAUAUUAAUUCCUGUUAGAUUUUUGUCUUACAUAGAGAAUUGAGUGUUUUGAAAAAAGUGUUGUGUGAAAGUCAAAGUCUGAGAAUUAGUGUGUGGUUUUGUAGAUCUGGUGUGUGCUUCUGCUGUUGAGCGUCAGCUUUCAGAAACUGAUUGUGUGUGUGAGCAGAUGAGAGAGAAAAAAACCUAACUCUUUGUUGACAUGCCUUAACAUUGCUUCAUGUUGUUAGUGUGUUUUAUCUUGUUGCUAACAUGAGUUAACACAUUAUUAGCAUGUUUUAGCACAUUGCUAUCCUGUAUUAUGCACAAUUCUAUCGUGUUUUAGCAUGUUGCUAAAAUGUUACUGGCAUUUUAGCACAGUGCUAACACGUUUUAGCACACCGCUAGCCUGUUUUUGUGUGUUGCUAGCAUGUUUUAACACAAUCCUAAAAUGUAUAUUGGAUAGCCAUGCUAAAAAAAGACACAUCAUAACAUUUGUAGUGGUUUUACUGUGAACUGUAAUGAGCCUGUGGGUCUCUAUACUGGUCAUGGAUCACCUUCUGUUGGUGGUGUGUUGAAACCAAUAAAUACUAGUGGAAUAUUUCCCCCGAACACACCAGAGAGACCUGUUUGUAAUGGUUUCAGUAGUUGGAAGUGUAUGUUUUGUAAUGUGUGUGAUGGUGUUUGCGGUGGAAACCACCAGAAGCUUCUG